AUGAUGAUGAUAGGGGUACCUAAACCGCCGGGCGCUGAGCAGCUGGUCGGCGAGAGGAGGAGCAAGGCGGCGGCGGAGCGGGCGGAAAUGCUCGACGGCACCGGCGAGGAGGCGCUGGCGGUGCCGAGGGGGUACAUUGCGGUGUACGUGGGCGCGGAGGAGCGGCGGUUCAUGGUGCACGUGAGCUACCUCUGCCAGCCGGCGUUCCGGGCGCUCAUGGAGCUUGCGGCGGAGGUGUUCGGAUUCGGCCUGGCCGGUGGCCUCCACUUCUCCUGCCGCGAGGAGGAGUUCCUCGCCAUCGUCGCCCAGCUUGAUUCCGCCCAGUGGAGCGACUGGGGCUGCGGACAAGAGGUCCGAACUGCUGAUCCAAGAGUUGAGACAAACAGCUAUGGUCAGUGA